CAACUUUCUGUUCGAAUAUGAAAUUGAACCAAAACUAACAAAAGUAGGUAUUUACUAUCUAACUAAAUUUUUCACGUACAAUAAUUUAUCACGUCAGUAAACCAAUCAAACCAUAACUCAAAAAAUAAUCAUACUGGUAACUCGAGGGAUCAAAAGACAUCUACCUGCUUACUGAAACCAAAGUGGCUAUGGUUUUGUUGUCAAACAAAAAUGUCAAACAUGAAGAAAAUCCAAAAUGAUUUGCUAUUGAAAUAGAAAAUAACCUGAUAUUUAGAAGUUUUCUUCAUUGAAUAAAGCUAGCCAGGGUUACAGAAAAGAUAUUAAAGAAGAUAAUAGCUUGAUACGGCUAUAAAGGGAUAUAAAAUAUUUUUCUCACAAGUUUCUAAUUACUUUUAUACUGGCGUCAGAAAAUUAUUCCAAGUUUUAACGUUUACAGAAAAUGCUAGACGGGUGGUACUGCCGCUCUAUAGCAAAUAUGCAAGCCAAUGAGGCUAGUGUGAGCAAUAAUGCGCCACCGGAGCCCCCACAGGCGCGUGACUCACACAAAGAGUAUUCUUCGGACAGUAGUAGUGAUCCUGAACCCGAACCUAACUACAGGGCACAGUACAUGGCACUGAAGAAGAAGCUCAAGUAUCUCAUUUAUGAAAAUGAAUGCUUCCAAGAUGCUCUGAGAUGUAGUCAAAAAAGAUUGCUGAAAGUAUCAAGAGACCGCACCUUUCUGCUGGACCGUUUAUUGCAACAUGAGAAGCCAGACAGCACCACAUCUGAGAGUGAAGACACUGAGUCGUCAGAUGACCCGGAGUAUUAUCGCAAUGAUGUCAAAAGAAAGAAAAUGGAAGCUAGUGCAGCCAAUCAGAACGUAUCUACAAGCUCAUCAGUCAAAGGGGCAAGUACAAUAAAAAGGAAAAGGGCAACAGUGCCUAAGAAACCUCCUAAUGCUAAUCAUCUUCAUCAGUCUACAAGUUCUAUGCUGUCUAAAGUUUCUCCGGCUUUGGGUUUCGGCCUAUCGGCUGGUGAUGGCCACAUGACUCCCGAAGAAGUGGAGCGACACUUACAAUCUCGGCAGACGUACAUGGAACUGUUACCAGAGCGGGCUCCACCCACGGUUCCAACAGAAAUGUUCAGUAACGACCCUUCACUUGACAGUGAAUCGAACGACGUUUUAGAGAAUUCGCCGAAUGUCGAGGAAUGGUUCGAUUAAUACAAAAGUUUAUGUAAUUUUAAGUAUUAAGUAGUUACAUAAGUCCAGACAUGAUUAUUUUUGACAUUCAAAACUUUGAAAUGUUUUCUAAUUAAUAAAUAAAAAUGCACAAAUA